CUAUCUAUUCCUGUACCUCUCUAAUACAGUAAACAUCAGUAAUUACUCUGUAGACAGUUGAAGACGGGGGAGUGGUAUUCUGAAUCAUCAGUGAUAGUGGAACUAUCUCAUUCAUUGAAUGGAGACUCAUUCAUUCUAGUCUAGCAACUUGUGUUUAUUGUUUGGUAAAAUGUAGGUACAGAAAUCCAAGUGAAUGCCUACUUUCCUUUUUAAACAUAUUUGACCGCUAAAUUCUGUACUUCCUAACGAUCCUAAAAUCUUUCUAUUUUUCACACAUUCACAUAAUAUUCGUUAUAUCAUUUACCAUAUAGUAAAAGUUUAUAAAUUUCACCGGCUCAUGGUUUGAGAGUACACUACUAUUUUCAUGAACGGAUUGUUGGAAGUGCAAUUUUUCAGAUAAGAGAUUUUAUACGGAAGUACAGGUAACUUUAUUUGACAUUCCUCAAUCUGAAUAGAGACUAUGGAAUCUACAAGUAGAGGAGAUAAAUAUCUCCCCAGAUGUCCUUACUGUGAGGAAUCAUUUCCCAGCCGGAAGAUGCAGAGUCAUGCGAUACACUGUCGACUUGUUCUUGAGAAGUGUCCAAAGGGGUGUGGUGUUUAUUAUACCAGACAACAGAAAAAUGCUCAUCUUUCUUCGCUGUGUGAGAUAUCUUUGUCCAAGACUAGAGAAUCCGAUGCUGAUUCCCAACAGAUCAACAGCUCUUCGUCUUUGAAAGAUGUGGAGAGAAAUUUGACAAUUCUGCAGCAUAAAGUAGAGGAUGAAAAGCAAAAGCGCUUGGAAUUCGAGUACAAUUGGCUGAAUGAGGUGGCCAAGCUGCAUGAGAGGUGUCAGCGUUGCGAGGAAUGGCAACAAACAGUCAUGACAAUUGUCAAUAACCUACAGGAAACCACUGUGCAAGAGGAACAGUGGCGAUUAAAAGGCGAAAUCCAACUGAAGGAUGAGGUGGAGAAGCUGGCCUCCUUAGCUCGGAACCUGGAGACGAGCAGCAACAGGCUCAGCACACAACUCACCAAUGCCAAAGUCAUGUGCUCCACCCAGGCCGAAAAACUAAUGGAACAUUUCAAUUACUGGAAGUACGUACAAGAAAAUAGGAUGGCCUCACUCCGCAACAUUGGCAAAGAACUUGAAAAACUUCAAGUUGACAGCGUAACAAAAAGCAAAUCCAUGUUGAGCUUGAUAGAUUUGAAUGAGAGUGUUGUAGAAAGCCAAGAGAAGUGUACAGAGCAGAUGCGAACUUGUGAAAGGGACAUACAACAAUUCAAGCAAUUCCUAUCGAAGGAGAAUGUGAUGGUCAGUAGCUUAUGGUACCAACAGCAAGACAAAUUAUUGAAAAUAGAAGAGGAUCUCAAAAACGUAGAUAAGUUAAUCCGAAACUUGACUCUGUGGAAAGUUACGGUUAUGAAACGCUUGGACAGAGUGGAGUCACUCCUAAGUAGUAACGAUCCAAACCUAGAAAUUGUAAAGUCGAUUGAACUUCCAAUUCCAGUCUAUCAGGAUGAUUUGCCUAUUUAUUCAAAUGCUAUCCAAAUUUCAGGUCACUUACUCUGGUGUGUCACUGAUUUCGAAUAUCACUUCUCAGAAUCAAAAGAACGGAACGUGGUGUUACAAAGUCCCUCUUUCUACUCCGAAGAGUAUGGCUACAAAAUGCAGAUAAAGCUUCAUCCUAAUGGAUUUGGGCAAUGGAAAGGACGGCAUAUGAUUAUCACAAUGAACGUGUUAAAUUGUGAAUGGGAUUCCCUCCUUCAGUGGCCGUUCAAAAUGCACGCCACUGUCAUUCUGAAAGAUCAAAGCUGUUUUACACAGAACAAUGACCUGGUGAAAACGUUUGGAGCCUGUUCAAUAUCAAGAGAAAACGAUUCAUCGAAGAGUCUUCGUAUGUUUGUACCGCAUAGAUCACUGACAGACCACGCCUACAUCAAAAAUGAUACUCUCAUCCUGGAGGCUCAAGUGAAUGUCAUCCAUGACGUGUCAUCGCUAUCAUGACUGUGCUGCUGUACAUUUCAAUUUUCUUCUAAUAAAUUAUAUAAGUUGAGAAACUGUACUGUGAUCCUUAAAGUGACUUGUAUUUGUGAUCGUUGAUGAAUUUAUAUUUUCUUUGAAUACAUUUUUGAUUUCAUUGACUUUCGAAAAA